AUGCAACGCAUGACAAUGUUUACCAGUCUAUUACUUGCUAUUGCGAUAGUAGAAGCGGCUCCGGGAAUUCAAAAUGAUGUUAAUAACGACCCCCUUGUGUUCAUAUCGAACCCUGUAGAGUCCAUGUUCCCUGGACAUUGGAUCCCGCAGAGCAUACUCAAAGUAAUUUUAAAUAGACCAAAUGAUCCUUCUACGAAACAACCAUUGAAAAAUCCAGAUAGCAAAAUGCUCGAUUCAAAUUCAAGAAAAUCAUCUACAUCUAAAAGUACUUCUACUCCUGAAUCUACUCCCACUAUUACCAAAUCUGGAACCACAACUACUGUAGCUGCUAAAGAAAUAACUAAACCUAGUUCAAAAACAAUUAUCGAAGAAUUAACUACGCAAGAAGCAGCAACAACAUUAAAAGCACGAACUAAACUAACAACAGCAGCAAAAAUACCGGCACCAAAAACAAAGGCGUCAAGAACACCUAAAAUACCAACAUCAACAAAACCGUCCAAAUUCAAAAGAUCAACAACAGUAACAGUAACCGUAACGGGUGAAGUAAGCAAUCCUCAUAACGUGUUUGCAAGUCUACUACUUGCGGUUAAUAUAGUAGCAGCGGCUCCCAUUCAGAAAGAUGAAAAAAACGACCCUCUUGUGUUCAUAUCGAACCCCGUGGAGUCCAUGUUCCCUGGACAUUGGAUCCCGCAGAGCAUACUCCGAGUAAUUUUAAACAGACCAAAUGAUCCUUCAACGAAACAACCAUUGAAAAAUCCAAAUAACCAACUGCUCGAUUCAAAAUCAAGAAAAUCAUCUACAUCUAAAAGUAGUACUUCUACUCCUAAAUCUACUCCUACUACUACUAAACCUCGGACCACUACUACUGUAGCUACUAAAAAAAAUACGGAAACUACGUCAAAAACAACUACCGAAGAACUAACUACCAAGGAAGUUGUAAUAACUACACCCUCAACAACGAUAAUAGAACAAACUACACCAACAACAACAGUAACAACAGCAACAACAAUAGCUACAACGCCGACACCAACAACAGCAGCAUCAACAACAUUAGAAACAACGGUAUUAACAACGCCAACAACAGAAACAACAUCAACAACACCUACAACAACACCAGAAACACCAACAGUAGCAACAUCGCCGACAAAACACACACGAACAACAACAACAACGACACCAUGGGCACCAGCAACAGGGUCCGAACUAAAUAAUAUGAACGGCGGCGGCGGAUAAAGAAAUUGAAAAUAUUGGUCUGUAUUAGAGAUGGGCCGAAUAUUCGGUAAUUAUUCGGUUUUCGGCAUAUCUUUCAAUUUUCGUAUUCGGCCGAAUAGUUCGGUUCGACCUGCCGAAUAUUUACCGAAUAAACAAAUUUAUUUUUUAAGCCG